AUGGGGAAACUGAGUCAAGCCACGUGCCCGCUGUUAUGGAGCUGGGAAGUGGUGGCGCAGGAUCUGGAUCGAAGGUCCCGGAACAAGAGCCCGACAAGAGCUGGGGACAAAGGGCACGGAUCCCUCCAGGGGCGUGGCCAGCGAGGCCCCGCCCCCGGGCACCGCGAGCGCUGCUGUGCCCAGACCCGGUUUCCCCGCUGUAUCAACGAGCUGCGCUCCCAGCCACCCCCUCCCACCAAGAUCGGCGGUCUCAGGCCGCAGUUGCCCCCUUGGUCCUGGAGCACUGCGUCCCCGGACCCGCCUCCCGCCCUGGCAGCGGCCAAUGGCUCGGCGGCUCCUCCCGCCCUCGGGGCGGAGCCGCGUCACGUGCGGGGAAGAAAGGCCGGGCCGCGCGGUGCCCGGGAGGUGCGGCCAUGGCAGGUAUGGCGGGGGCGGUGGCCGACGGGCGCCGGGCCGGCGGCGGGGGGCGCGCGGCCCCAAUGCAGCCUGUUGCCGCCCGCAGCUCCGGAGCCGCUGUCCCCAGCGGGCGGCGCGGGCGAGGAGGCGCCGGAUGAGGACGAGGACGAGGCGGAGGCCGAGGACCCCGAGCGGCCGGCGGGAGCUGGCGGGGGGCGCAGCGGCGGCGGCGGCGGGGCCGGGCCCGGGGCCGGGGCCGGGGGCGGCGGUGGCCCGGGGGCCGCGCUCACCAGGCGCGCAGUCACCUUGAGGGUGCUGCUCAAAGACGCGCUGCUGGAGCCGGGCUCCGGGGUGCUCUCCAUCUACUACCUGGGGAAGAAGUUCGUGGGGGACCUGCAGCCAGACGGGAGGAUUGUGUGGCAGGAGACAGGGCAGAUGUUCAACUCACCCAGCGCCUGGGCCACACACUGCAAGAAGCUGGUGAACCCGGCCAAGAAGUCAGGCUGCGGCUGGGCCUCUGUCAAGUACAAGGGCCAGAAACUGGACAAGUACAAGGCCACCUGGCUCCGGCGGCACCAACUCCAUGUGCCUGCAGCUGCUGCUGACGAGAGCCCAGCCAGCGAAGGGGAGGAGGAGGAGCUGCUGAUGGAGGAGGAGGAAGAUGAAGUUCCGGCGGGGGUCUCAGCAGAGGACAAGACCCGGAGACCACCAGGGAAAGGCCCUUCGGAGCCUACCCACCAGGAGGCCACACUCCCAGGGAAGCACGUGGAAAACAAGAUCCGGGUGCCUGUUCGCUAUUGCAUGUUGGGCAGUCGGGAUUCUGCAAGGAGCCCACGCACUCUGGUGGAAGUGACAUCCUUCGCAGCCAUCAACAAGUUCCAGCCAUUCAACGUGACCAUUUCCAGCAACGUGUUGUUCUUGCUGGACUUCCACAGCCACCUGACUCGGAGUGAGGUCGUGGGGUACCUGGGGGGCCGCUGGGACAUCAACAGCCAGAUGCUCACUGUGCUGAGAGCCUUCCCCUGUCGGAGCCGGCUUGGUGACGCGGACGCAGCGGCCACCACCGAAGAGGAGGUGUACCAGAGCCUGUUCCUGCGGGGCCUGUCUCUGGUGGGGUGGUACCACAGCCACCCACACAGCCCAGCGCUCCCGUCGCUGCAGGACAUCGAUGCGCAAAUGGACUACCAGCUGCGCCUGCAGGGCUCCAGCAACGGCUUCCAGCCCUGCCUUGCCCUGCUCUGCUCACCUUACUACUCUGGCAACCCGGGCCCCGAGUCCAAGAUCUUGCCCUUCUGGGUGAUGCCGCCUCCUGAGCAACGGCCGGGUGACUAUGGCAUCCCCAUGGACGUGGAGAUGGUCUACGUGCAGGAUGGCUUCCUGACUAAUGACAUCCUGCAGGAGAUGAUGCUGCUGGUGGAGUUCUACAAGGGUGCCCCCGACCUCGUGAGGUUCCAGGAACCCUGGAGCCAGGAGCACACCUACCUGGACAAGCUGAAGAUCUCCCUGGCCAGCCGGACGCCCAAGGACCCGGGCCUGUGCCACGUGCUGGAGCAGGUUUACAGCGUCCUCAAGCAGGGCAGCUGAGGGCGGCGUCCUGGAGGGGUGCACCUGAUCCUGCGGCUUUGCUUGGAGCGGUCCAAUUCCAGCAUGCAUUCGCGCAGAGGGAGCGGCUCAGAUAAUAAAGACCGAGAUGAGGAGUCAGCCACAAGUCUCUCACUUCAUGAUGGGGACACGGGUGAGGGCUAGCGGCCAGCUGGGGGCUUCCCCCUGGACCUGGCACCGACCUCGUGAGCACACAGCCCACCUUUUUCCCCGUCCCUCCUCCUCUCGAGGACGUGGCCUCUGCAUUGGCGUACUGGGGCGAGCAGAUGGACUUCCUCUUCCUUUGGGUCCGCAGCAUCGGCCACAGGGCAAACCUCAGGGAAAGGUGACACUGGGUGCAGGAGGGGCGGUGGUGGGCUGGAUCCCAGUGCGGCCCCCUGCAUGUGGCUGUGGGGAAUGACCUCUGGGCCAUACAGUCCAGCUGGCGUGAGCCUGCGUGUCUGCGUGUGCGCAGUCAUGGGGAGGGAGCCGCACGAGGCCACGUGGGUCGCUGCCCAGAAUAGGCACCGGGGGAGUGUCCCCCUGCUGAGAGACCUGGGCUGGCCACUGUAUCUGGCUGCCCCCACACCAGGGCCAGGACACAGAAACGGAGCAUA